AACAACUUAAAUUAAGAUUUCAACAAGGUAAAUCAUUUGAACUCAUAAAUGACUUCAGAUUAAAUCAAACUUAUUUAUAUUAUCUCCGAUAAAUACAUAUAUAUCUUAUUCAUUUAUUUAGGUGCACAACAAUGUUCUCGUCCAUUAUUAGCCGUUCUUUAUAGUACACUUCCACAAGUAUCAUCAGUCGAUGCAUUUGUUUUAUUUCUUCAAUCAUUGAAUCCUAAAUAUCCGCAUUUAUUUCCAGUUACAACAAAUUUUGCUAAUUUAGCUAGUCGUUUACUAUGUCAUAUAGCUGGACUUGGUCAUUGGACAGUUCUUGGUCUUGCAACACAUAUAUUUGCACCUGAAAGUCGAUUAGAAUCAUUAGUACGUUUUUGUCAUGCAUGUAUUGAUAUGAAUGAACAACCUACACCAACAUUUUUAUCUUCAACACAAACAAGUAUUGGUCUUGGACAAUCAUCAACAUGGUUUACACAAUUAACAACAGAAUUACUUCUAUGUGUCUUUCGACAAGUAUCAUCGCAUACAGAUAUACGUUCGAUUUUUCAUUUACUUGGUCCACAAAAUGAAUUUUAUCGUCGUUUUGAACGAUUAUUUGCUUUACUUGAUGAACAACCAUCACCAAUACCAUUCGAUUGGUCACUUGUUAUGUAUACAGAUCGUUGUUAUCGUUCAAUCAUGCCAUUAAUUGAACAGUUGAUAAAACAUGAUCGAUUUGAUUUAGUUGACGAAAUAAUAGAAUGUGUUGAUAUUGAAAUUGAUAUGACUUUAUUUGAACGUUUUAAAUGUUCAUUUGAUGAAUAUCAACAUGAUUUAGAUACAGAUGACAAAGAAUUAAAUGAAGCAUUUGAUACAAUAUGUCAAGGACAUCAUGAUGUAUUAAAACGUUUAAAAAAACCAUUACUUUAUGGAGAUUUUCUUUUAUCAAUACGUUCAACAUCAUCAAAAUUAGUUCAUUUAUUAUUAAUUAUAUUUGCUAAUCAAGCACAACAUUUACCUGUGUCAUAUGAUUAUUCUUACUCUAUUCAAACACCUCAACGACAACCAAUUAUGGAAAAAUUAUGGACAGCAUUAAUUACUUUUAUAGCUGAUUAUCAUGAUAGACCGAUUGUGAAUAAAAUACUUGAUUAUAUGGUUACUUUGUUUUCUGAUUCCGUAUUAGAUCAAUUAGCAGAUAAAACAUUAAUACCAAUAGAUUUUGAUGAUUAUUUACGUGCAUUUGAUGAUAAUGAAGUAGAAGAAGAAGAAGUAGUUGAAGAAUAUAAAAAAUCAACAGUUGUUGCUGAAAAUGCAUUUGAAGCACUUCUUUUAAAAGAUGUCUUCACCAAAGAUAAAGGUCCAUCAACAACAGAGAUAAUUUCAACAGAUAAAAAUUCUUUGACACCAUCAAAUCGUCGUCAAUCUAGUCGUGGAUCUUCGUCGUCACAAUUACCAUCUUUUGGUCCAGCAUUAAGUCGUCGUUCAUCAAUAUCUUUAACAAGUUCACAUGCAACAAAUUUAUGUCAUUUAUCCGAUAAAGAUUUUCGUUCAUAUGUAACAACAAUUCAAGAUGCAUUUUUAUCUCGUGCAUCACCACAACUUGCAUUACAAUUAGCAACUAAAUUUCGUUUAAUAUCUUAUAAUUUAGUUAUUUUCUCUUAUGCACAUCGUUUAUAUUUAAAUCUUUUAAUACCAUCUGAUAUUCGUACACGUUUUGAUCAACUUCCACAAAUAAAUAAUACAGGUAAAUUUAAUAAAAAACGUUUAACAAAUGUUUUACGAACAAUGUCAAUAACAUCAGCGAAUGAUGAACAAACAAAUACAGUUGAUGAUCAAAAACAAAAAUUAAUCGAUCGUCUUUCAUCACGAACAUUAAAUGAUGAUCGGUUAAUAUCAAUAAUUAAUACAUUAUUUAAAAUUAGUCGACUUUUUCGUAUUGAUUCAUCUUCUUUAUUAAAUACAAAUGCUCAUAAUGAUGAAUGGAAUCUUUUAAAACGUAUUCUUUCAUAUCCAUCAUCAUCAUUUCCAACAAAAAUUAAAUUGGCAGAAUGUUUAGCUAAACAAUUAAGAAUAUCAAAUCAACAACUAGUUGAAUUAAUUGUUGAUCAAACUGAUAAAACUUUAGAACGUUGUCAGAAAAAUGAUCCAACUGAUGAUUAUCAUCAUUGGCCAUUUGAUCCAAAUAAUAUUGAAUCAUAUCGACAAUUUAUUUCACUAUUAUAUGAAAAAAACUAUGAUGCUAUUGGAAAACAACUUGUUGAAAAAUCACAAUUGUAUGAAGAUCAAUUUCUGGAAUUAGAUUCACAAGAUGUUUCAUCACCAUUACUCCGUCUUCGUAUUGAAUUACUAAUUUAUGCUCAUACAUGUUUUAUUAAUUCAUGUCAUAUGGAAGGAAUAUGUUUAGUACUUGAUCAUGCUCGUCAUAUAGCAAUUUUACUCAAUGAUUUAAAUGGUUAUACAUUACUAAUACGUUUAUUAAUGGGUUUACAACAGUAUUCAGAAAUGAUUUAUAUAUUUGACAUAUUAUUUCAAUCUGAUCAUUUUGAUUUAUUAUUAUCAACAAUAAGUAACAUGCAUGAUGAACGUUUAAAUACAGCAUUAUUUGAUUAUAUAAAACGACAUCAUCCAAAUGAUGAACAUACAUUUACAUCAAUAUCAAUGAAUUUAAAUAUGCACCAUGAACUAGCAAUAAUGUAUCGUGAUGCAGGAGAAAAAUUACUAAAAACAUUCCAAUAUAAUCAACAAACAUCAUCAGCUGAUCUAUCAGUUACAUUACAAAGUUUACUUCAAUAUUAUUCGGAUGCAGCUGAUACAUUUUAUUUAGCUGGAUGUUGUCGUCAAAGUGAACAAUGUUUAAAACAAGCACGUCUUAUAUCAUUACAACUUGAAUUAAUGCAAAAACAACCCAUAACUAUUAUAUUAAAUUUAAAUUCAAAACAAAUCUAUGAAUUAUUACCACGUUUUGAACAUUGUUGGCAUGCAUUUAUUAUAGCUGAUGCUUAUAAUGAGCAUACAUUAUGGUCACAUUGUUUAACUGAACAAUUUAUUUGUAAUAAAACUUCAAAUGCAAUGAAAUAUUGGGAAGAAUUUCAACAACUAAUAUUAAUUGAUGAUCAACUAAUAUUAACAAUAGGAAAACAUUUAUUAAAAAAACAUUUUAAUACAAUAUCAAGUAAAAAUUUUCAAGAAAUAAUUUCAUAUAUAACAGAUUCAAAUAUUCUUAAUCGUUUACAACAAAUAUUAACAACCAGUGAUAGUAAUUAUUCAAAUUUAUUUACAUCUAUUGAUUCACCAUAUCUUCUUGAUAUAAUUCGUGUUGCAUAA